AUGGCCGAUGUUAGCGAAACCAAUGAAAAGUUGUCCAAGAAUGAGUUGAAGAGGCGCUUGAAGGCUGAGGCCAAGGAAAAGGAGAAGUUGGAGAAAAAGGCCCUGCAGCCACAAGCCGAAGUGGCUGCUCAGUCGAAAUUGAUGGUCAAGGUGAACGAGGAAGUAUCUCCGAAUGAAUUCUUCAGGCUGCGUACCUCGACGGUGGAAGAGUUGAAAAAAUCACCUGAAACGCAUCCGUACCCUCACAAGUUCAACGUGUCGAUCUCGUUGACCGAGUUUACCGAGAAGUACCACGACGUGCAGGACGGUCAAACUCUGGUUGGCGUAAUGGUCCAUGUGGCAGGGCGAGUGCACGCAAUCCGCGAGUCGGGUGGGAAGCUGGCUUUCCUGGAUCUCCGAGGUGAGGGCACCAAAGUGCAGGUGAUGGCCAACGCUAGUACGUAUGAGAGCCAGCCGCUGUUCUUCGCCGAAAUGGAACGGCUGAGGCGUGGCGACAUCAUUGGAGUGACUGGAGAACCAGGCAAGACCAAGAAGGGCGAACUGUCCGUGAUGGCGAAGCGAAUUAAGCUGCUCGCACCGUGCUUGCAUAUGCUGCCACACCUUCACUACGGUCUGAAGGAUAAGGAAACAAGGUUCCGGCAGCGAUAUUUGGAUCUGAUGUUAAACAACAACGUACGCAAUAUCUUCGUGAUCCGAGCGAAGAUCAUCAGCUAUGUGCGCCGGUUCUUCGAUAGUCUUGGCUUUCUCGAGGUUGAAACGCCCAUGAUGAACAUGAUCGCGGGUGGUGCAACGGCCAAGCCGUUUAUCACGCACCACAAUGACCUAAACAUGGACCUCUUUCUGCGUAUUGCGCCCGAGCUGUACCUAAAGAUGCUUACCGUUGGUGGGUUAGACCGGGUGUACGAAAUCGGACGGCAGUUCCGUAACGAGGGCAUCGAUCUUACCCACAACCCGGAAUUCACGACUUGCGAGUACUACAUGGCAUACGCGGAUUACAACGACAAUAUAGAGAUUACGGAAAAGCUGCUGUCGGGGAUGGUGUACGCCAUACACGGUACACACAAGAUUAAGUACCAUCCCGACGGGCCGGACGGCCAAGAGUAUGAAAUUGACUUCACGCCGCCGUUUAAGCGCAUUUCCAUGAUAAGCUCGCUGGAGGAAAUACUGAAGGUAAAGUUCCCGCCUGCUGACACGUUGCAUACUCCAGAGGCGUUGCAGUUCCUGGAUGCGCUUUGUCGCAAACACGAGGUCGAAUGUACGCCGCCACGCACGGCAACACGCCUGUUAGACAAGCUGGUUGGCGAGUACCUAGAGGAAACUUGCAUCAACCCGACGUUCAUCUGCGACCAUCCACAGAUCAUGAGCCCGCUCGCAAAGUAUCACCGCAGCAUGACUGGUCUGACCGAGCGAUUCGAGCUGUUCGUGAUGAAGAAGGAAAUUUGUAACGCAUACACAGAGCUGAACGAUCCAGUGGUACAGCGUGAACGGUUUGAGCAGCAAGCUGCGGAUAAGGCGGCCGGUGACGACGAGGCUCAGCUGGUGGACGAGAACUUCUGCACGGCUCUCGAGUACGGUCUGCCGCCGACUGGCGGCUGGGGCAUGGGUAUCGACCGCUUGACCAUGUUCUUGACCGAUACGAACAACAUCAAGGAGGUAUUGUUUUUCCCAGCUAUGAAGCCGGACGAUCCGAAUCGAAGGCACCCUGCAGCCGAGCCACAGUCAGAUGUCGAUCGACCCAAGGAGGCGUAAAGACCGGCUAGCUGGGCUGAAAAAGUUUCUAACUCGAAAUUCAAUUCCGAAUUGGCAUGGCAUAUUUCUCGAAAGAGAAUCAUGUUUUAAUAAACAUCACUGGUGUGUUUAUUUAUCACAGUGUAUUAAAUUCAA